AUGCGCUCUCUCUUGCUUCUUGGGGCUGCUAGCCUUGUUGCCAGCUCCCCAGCAUCCAACGGUAUCAACCUCAGCAUCAUCAAUGCCGCUCCCGCCCCAUCGGUGACGGGACCCAGCGUCGACGACACUGUAGAGACUGGUAUUUACAAUGCCGCUGCCGCCUCAUCCAGCGCUGUAGCAGCCGUCACUGGCGUCGCCACGGCCAGUGCUAGCUCUCCAGAGAAACGUGCAGUCGUCGAAGCUCGCGGCUUUUGCAUUUUCGGUUGGUGCUUCGGUGGUGGCUCAUCUGGUGGUGGUGGCUCUUCCACCACCCAGAAGACGACCACUACCACCAGUAAGGCUACAGCAACCACUGCUACAACUACAAGCAGUAUUGUCACAUCACUACCUGCCAUCACCACCUCUGCCAUGACCACUGGUGUCGUGGUCCCCUCGACCUGUACCCCCAUCAGCUGGACCAACACCAACGCUUUCACUACGGACCCAGCUUGUCCCAGCCCCUAUGAGGUCGGGACUUACUGCGGCUUCAUCAACCCAGAGGAUCCUUGUGCUCCUCAGCCUGAUGGGUACGGCCCUCCGACAACCAACCCUGACACGGCUCCCGCUUUCCAGGCCAACCCAGUCUACCACCAAUUGGCCCAGAGCGCUGUUACCCCUUCCGGCUAUGUUCAGACUUUCAAGGACCUGAAUGCCUCGGUAAAUGCAAACAGCUACAUGGGACUAUACACUCUCCAGAGCUACGACGUCGCCGGCUGCGCGGCCAAGUGCGACAGCACCAGCCUUUGCACCGCCUUCAACCUGUACAUUGAGCGCGACCCCUCCUUCAACCCUGACCAGUGCUCGUGCUCCGGCAACAAUGUGCCCUCAUUCACCAACUUCAAGUGCACUCUCUGGGGGUCCGGUGUCAACUCGGCCGCGGCUACCAACAAUGGUCAGACACGCAGUGGCUUCAGUGUCGUGAUUGCAGGUUCCAACGGCUACGCAAAGACCAACAACACCACACCCGUCACUCCUCCCGGAUGGACCAACCCCAAGAACUGCUCGGGCCUCCACAACCACCCGCGUACCUGCCUGGGCGAGCAGCUGUUCAAGGGCGUCUUUGAUGUGAGCAUCUGCGCCACCUAUGCUGCUACCCAGAACGCCGUAAACGUCAAGUCUGGUAUCAUCAACACUAUCCUGAGCUGGUUCGGCUACAACCCGGGCAAGUGCAACUUCUUCAACGCCUUUAUGCUGACCCAGGACGGCAUCCCCCAGGGAACAUACUGCAAGCUCUUUGCCCAGCAGUACGACCCCAGUGUCGGCAACACUAUCCCUGGCUGGAACGGCGGCCACUACCUUGGCGUCGAAUCGUCUUGGUCUUACUGCAGUGCUUAA